UUUGCAGCGCACAGCCAUUACGAGAAAAAGAAAAGGUGAUGUUUCUGCUCUGGAGCGCGUUAUGUACGAAUAUUUUAAUAGUAUUCGCGAAGACUAAGAUCAAAACAUUUGACUGAGAACAUCUCCUUGACUGUCACCUUCUGCGCUCCUCGGGAUCCGACCUUCAUCAUCACCAUCAGUGUGUGUUUACAUCUGGACGUAUUUGAUAUAACAAGUAGUCUAGAUAGUUAAGUUGAUAUCAUGCUGGGCGAUGCUUUUGGACAUCGUGUUGAAUCCAGCGUGGAGAAUAAAGCAGUGAAGAUAAGCAGAUCCAAGCAAGCGCUCUUGAAGAAGAGAGGACGAAACGUUCACAAUAAACCCAACAAAGCAUCAGGAAACAUCAACAAAAGCAGUUUUAAACCUCCAUUAACCACCCAUGAAGAGCUCAAACCAGCUCAGUCUAAACCAGCCACGAAUAAACAGCAGCUGAAGUUAACCACUGAAAGUGUUGAACGAGGAAUCCAGCCCAGCAGACCGUCUGUCAACAGCUCGAGCCGUCUUGAGAAAACCACCAACAACUUAAACAAACGGCGACAGUGGAGCAAGCAAAGAAACGCAUCAGACGACACUCAACUUCCCAAAAGACAGGAGACCCCCACACACAUGGGGAAGAGCACGGCUGAGGACCUCAGGAGGGUGAGCGUUUGCCCUCCUGAGCUCUCGUCGGAGGCAGAGAAGACGUACGCUGGAGCGAAGUUCAGCGAGCCGCCCUCGCCCAGCGUCCUCCCCAAACCGCCCAGCCACUGGGUGGGAGAAGGUGCUCUUCAGCAAACAGCCGUACAGCAGCACUGCAGCAAAGAGCAGAUGUCUGUGCACCUCAAAACCCUGCUGAAGGUCCGAGCAGAGCCCUGAGCUCAUAAUUGGACACUUCAGAAAAUAAUACGGACUGGUAACAUCCCGUUCAAGAACUAUUGAACUUUGCAGUUUUUUAGGAAAGCUAAUGUGAGUUAAAGAGAUAGUUCAGCCCAAAAUGAAAUUAUUUACUUGGGCUGGGAAAAAU